AUGUCAUACUAUUCAACGAUUUAUAAAACGCUGUUCAAAAGAAACUCUGUGUUUGUGGGCACUGUGUUCUUCUCAGCUUUCGUUUUCCAAACUUCAUUCGAUUCUGCUGUAACUUCCUGGUAUGAAAACCACAACAAGGGCAAAUUAUGGAAGGAUGUCAAAUUUAAACUUCAAAAUGGUGGUGAUGAUGACGAGGACGAAGACGAUGACGAAUAG